AUGCAGUACACGGGUAGCUUCUACCGCGGGCAGCGCGUCAACGGCAGGUUGGAAGGGACGGGUACGUACACCCUCCCCACCGACACCAAGUACGAGGGCGAGAUGAAGGACGGGAUGUUCCACGGGAAAGGAACUCUGUAUCCCCAGCGGAAGCAAUACGAAGGGACUUGGGACAAAGGCAUCUGUGUGGAGGGGAAAUACACCUUUUCUGAUGGUUUGGAAUACAAAGACAAUAAGUGGCAUUACUGUGACGGCUACGACCGGAGGUUUUACACCGAGAUCUGCAACGGCCUGAAGCCGGCAGGUUUUUUUUGCUGUUCACCUCCUCUCUUCCCAAGGGAUUCCCAGCUGACCAACCUGGAUCCCCCGCGGCAAAUCCACGGCUGCUACGACUGCGGAGACGGUUUCUACAACCCCAACACCAGAGUGGUGGUGGAUUACCGGCACCGCUUCCUGAGGAAUGCAGACCAAACUCUUCUGCUUCAGUGUGCCAAGCGUGAGGAGUGA